AUGUCCCAGCAGCCGCUCGACGGAAACCAGGCGACGCCGAUCCACGACGCCGAGGCGGUCCCGCCCGAGGCUGCGUGCCCUGGCGCCCCCGAGGCCGAGAAGAAGGGCCUCGACGCGCCCUCGGAGACGGAUGGCGCUGCCGAGGCUGCAGAGACUGCGCAGCCUUCUUCGGCGGAAUGCCCGGCCGCAGCUGAGGGUGCUCUGAGCGCCACGGACAAGGAAGCAGAGGCCGCUGACGGGGGCGAAAAGACGCAGCCACCGCAGGCUGAGAACAGCAGGAAGCGUGACAGUGCCGCUGCAGAGAAUGAGGAGCUUGACGGUGCCGCUGCCAAGUGCCCUCGCCUCGAGGAGAAAGUGCGGGAUUCAACAGAUUCCACUGGCGUGGACGCAGCCGUGGACGCAGCGGCAACGGCACAGAUCGAAAAGGAUGGAGUGGUGAAGGCAGGAAGUGCCAACGGAACUGGGGAUUUGGCUGACAUGGUUUUGACGGCUUCGCAGCCAAUGUGA